AUGUCGUCGACAAGUGCGCCGCCGCCCACUCUCCCGCCAAACGUCAGCAUAUUCUCGCCGGCAAAUCCAGCCACGGCAGAGGCUCUGCUGCAGGGCCGCCUUUUCACGCGCCUCACAACCAGUGCGGGCACCGAAGCGGCCCGACUGGCAAAAGCACUAGAGCAGCACGCGCCCGGCUGCCAGGGCCAUUUUCUCACCCACAACAACGUCGUUUUGAUCUUCGACGGCGGCGAGCAGGUCGUAGAUGUGGAGGACGUGCACCAUGAGCACUUUCGUCUCGUGUGCCUUGCGCUCAAGGAGGCCAACAUCGGCAUCGAUGUUGCGGGUUGCGUCUUUGACAGCCCCGAGGUUGCGCAGGCGGGAUUCCAGCUCGACAAGCUGAGUUCGGGGUCUAUUUUGGUCAUUGAUCUGAUGGCCGGGGAUGAUAAUGAUGAUGAUUCGGACGACGGCGCCGAUGAUUUGGCUGGCCUCGGCAAGGGAGACAUGGGGGCUACGCUCUCCUAA